AUGUAUGUUUUAAUCGCCAUUUCUCCUUCUUCUUCCUUCUCAUACCGGAAUCAGCAAUUCAUAUUCAUUACAAAUACGCCCACUUUCUUCUUCUUCUUCUUCUUCUUCCUGCUUUAUCCCCUAUUAUUUAGUCCUCUUCCCCUCUUCCUCCCUUUCUACUCUUUACCCUCCGCCUCUUUCAUUUUCUUCAAAGUUUAUCUUCUAUUAUUUACACUUCUUCUUUUCUUCCUCUUCCAUCCCUCCCCUUACUUCUUCUUCUUCUUCUUCUUCUUCUUCUUCUUCUUCUUCUUCUUCUUCUUCUUCUUCUUCUUCUUUCCUCCACUUAAACCUCCAUUCUUUACCAUACUUCUUCUUCCUUUUGCUUUAUCCUUCUUCUUCUUCUUCCCGCUUAAAUCUCUAUUCUUUUUUUCUCUCCUUCUUCUACCUCCUCCUGCUUUAUCCUAUAUUAUUUACUCCUCCCCCUCCUCUCCUCUCCUCUCCUCUUCCUCCUCCUUCUUUUCGGUUUAUUCUAUUAUAUCUUCUUCUUCUUCUUCUUCUUCUUCUUCUUCUUCUUCUUCUUCUUCUUCUUCACUUAAACCUCCAUUCUUUACCAUCCUUCUUCUUCCUUUUGCUUUAUCGUCUAUUAUUUACUCCUUCUCUCCCCCUCCUCUUUAUCCUCCUCCUCCUUUUUCUUCUUGUCGGUUUAUUGUCUAUUAUUUAAGCUUCUUCUUCUUCUUCCCGCUUAAAUCUCUAUUCUUUUUUUCUCUCCUUCUUCUACCUCCUACUGCUUUAUCCUAUAUUAUUUACUCCUCCCCCUCCUCUCCUCUUCUCUCCUCUUCCUCCUCCUUCUUUUCGUCUUCUUCUUCUUCUUUUCUUAAAUCUCUAUUCUUUUUUCUCUCCUUCUUCUUUCCUACUGCUUUAUCCUAUAUUAUUUACUCCUCCCCCCUCCUUUUCUCUUCUCUGCUCUUCCACCUCCUUUCUUUCGGCUUCUUUAUAUCUUCUUUUCUUCUUCUUCUUCUUCUUCUUCUUCUUCUUCUCCUUCCCUUAAAUCUCUAUUCUUUUUUUCUUUUCUUCUUCUCCUCCUCCUGCUUUAUCCUAUAUUAUUUUCUUCCUUCCCCUCCUCUCCUCUCCUCUCCUCUUCUUCCUCCUUCUUUUCGGUUUAUUCUUUAUAUCUUCUUCUUCUUCUUUUUCUUCUUCUUCUUCUUCUUCUUCUUCUUCUUCUUCUUCCCCCGCUUAAAUCUCUGCGUCUUUUUUUCUCCUUCUUCUCUUUCCUCCUACUUUAUCCUAUAUUAUUUACUCCUCCCCCCGUCCUCUCCUCUUUCCCUCUUCCUCCUCCUUCUUUUUCCUUUUAUUCUAUUAUAUCUUCUUCUUCUUCUUCUUCUUCUUCUUCUUCUUCUUCUUCUUCUUCUUCUUCUUCCCCUUAAAUCUCUAUUCUUUUUUUUCUCCUUCUUCUUCCUCCUCCUUGCUUUAUCCUUAUUAUUUGCUCCUCCCCCUCCCUCUCCUCUCUCCUCUUCCCUCCUCCUUCUUUUUCUUUUUAUUCUAUUAUAUCUUCUUCUUCUUCUUCUUCUUCUUCUUCUUCUUCUUCUUCUUCUUCUUCUUCCCUUAAAUCUCCUUUCUUUUUUUCUCUUUCUUUGCCUCCUCCUUUAUCCGUGUAUUAUUUUCUUUCCCCCUCCUCUCCUCUCCUUUUCUUCCUCCUCCUUCUUUCAGUUUAUUCUUUCUUUAUCUUCUUCUUUUCUUCUUUCUUCUUCUUCUUCUUCUUCUUCUCCUUUCCUCUCUAUUCUUUUUUUCUCUCCUUCUUCUGCCUCCUCCUGCUUUAUCCUUUCCUUUGCUCCUCCCCCCUCCUCUCCUCUCCUCUCCUCUUCCCUCCUCCUUCUUUUCAGUUUCCUCUUCCUAUCUUCUUCUUCUUCUUCUUCUUCUUCUUCUUCUUUUCCCUUAAAUCUCUAUUCUUUUUUUUUUCUUUCUUGCGUCUCCUCCUGCUUUAUCCUAUGUUAUUUACUCCUCCCCUCCUCUCUCUCCUCUCCUCUUCCCUCCUCCUUCUUUUUUAUUCUUAUUCUUCUUUAUCUUCUUCUUCUUCUUCUUCUUUUUCUUCUUCUUCUUCCCUUAAAUCUCUAUUCUUUUUCUCUCCUUCUUCUACCUCCUCCUGCUUUAUCCUUUUAUUUAUUUCUCCCCCUCCUCUCCUCUCCUCUCUUCUUUCUCCCUCCUUCUUUUUCGGUUUAUUCUAUUAUAUUUCUUCUUCUUCUUCUUCUUCUUCUUCUUCUUUCUUCUUCUUUCCUUUCUUCUUUCUUUUCUUCUCCUUUAAAUCUCUAUUCUUUUCUCUCCUUCUUCUACCUCCUCCUGCUUUAUCCUUUAUUAUUUUCUCCUCCCCCUCCUCUCCUCUCCUUUCUCCUCCUUCCUUUCCUUUAUUCUUUUUCGGUUUCUUCUUCUUCUUCUUCUUCUUCUUCUUCUUGCUUCUUCUUCUUCUUCCUUUCGCGCCUAUUCUUUUUUUUUCUCUCCUUCUUCUACCUCCUCUUCUGCUCCUUCCUAUAUUCUUUACUCCUCCCCCUCCUCUCCUCUCCUCUCCUCUUCCUCCUCCUUCUUUUCUUCUUUUUAUUCUAUUAUAUCUUCUUCUUCUUCUUUUCUUCUUCUUCUUUCUUCUUCUUCUUCUUUGCUUCUUCUUUCCUAAAUUCUAUUCUUUUUUCUCUCCUUCUUCUCCUCCUUGCUUUAUCCUAUAUUUUUUCCUUCCCCUCUCUCCUCUCCUCUCCUCCUCCUUCUUUUCUUUUCGGUUUAUUCUUAUUGUCUUCUUCUUCUUCUUCUUCUUUUCUUCUUCUUCUUCUUCUUCUUCUUCUUCCCUUAAAUCUCUAUUCUUUUUUUCUCUCCUUCUUCUACCUCCUCCUGCUUUAUCCUAUAUUAUUUACUCCUCCCCUUUUCUCCCCUCUCCUCUCCUCUUCCUUUUCCUUCUUUCGGUUUAUUCUAUUAUAUCUUCUUCUUCUUCUUCUUCUUCUUCUUCUUCUUCUUCUUCUUCUUCCCCUUAAAUCUCCUUUCUUUUUUUCUCUCCUUUUUCUACCUCCUCCUGCUUUAUCCUUAUUAUUUACUCCUCCCCUCCUCUCCCUCUCCUCUCCUCUUCCCUCCUCCUUUUUUCUUUUAUUCCUAUUCCUUGCUUCUUUUCUUCUUCUUCUUCUUCUUCUUCUUCUUCUUCUUUCCAUAAACCUCCAUUUUUUACCAUCCUUUCUUCUUCCUUUUGCUUUAUCGUCUAUUAUUUACUCCUUCUCUUCCCUCCUCUUUAUCCUCCUCCUCCUUUUCUUCUCAGUUUAUCUUUUCCUUUCCUUCUUCUUCUUCUUCCUUAAAUCUCUAUUCUUUUUUUUUCCUUCUUCUCCUCCUCCCUGCUUUAUCCUUUUGUUUACUCCUCCCCCUCCUCUCCUCUCCUCUCCUCUUCCCUCCUCCUUCUUUUCUUUUUAUUCUAUUAUAUCUUCUUCUUCUUCUUCUUCUUCUUCUUCUUCUUCUUCUUCUUCUUCUUCUUCCCGUAAAUCUCUAUUCUUUUUUCUCUCCUUCUUCUACCUCCUCCUGCUUUAUCCUAUAUUAUUUUUCUCCCCCCCUCCUCUCCUUGCUCCUUCUUCCCUCCUCCUUCUUUUCUUUUAUUCUAUUAUAUCUUCUUCUUCUUCUUCUUCUUCUUCUUCUUCUUCUUCUUCUUCCCUUAAAUCUCUAUUCUUUUUUUUCUCCUUCUUCUACCUCUCCUUGCUUUAUCUUAUAUUAUUUACUCCUUUCCCCUCCUCUCUUUUCCUCUCCUCUUCCUCCCUUCCUUCUUUUCUUUUUAUUCUAUUAUAUCUUCUUCUUCUUCUUCUUCUUCUUCUUCUUCUUCUUCUUCUUCUUCCCUUAAAUCUCUAUUCUUUUUCUCUCCUUCUUCUCCUUUUCCUGCUUUAUCCUGUAUUUUUACUCCUCCCCUCCUCUCUUUCCUCUCCUUUUCCUCCUCCUUCUUUUCGGUUUUCUUCUAUUAUAUCUUCUUCUUCUUCUUCUUCUUCUUCUUCUUCUUCCGUUUCUUCUUUUGUUCUUUUCUUCUUCUUCCCUUAA